CUUGCCCACCCUCACCGCGACCGCACACUCUGCUCCCCCGCCCUAGCGCUUUCUUCCAAGUCUCGUCGCAAGCCUUAACUAGGUAGACGACGUCCAGGCCAGCUCUUCACCAGCGGACCAAUCCCCACCAUGGAACGCUAUGAGAAGUUAGGUAAAAUUGGAGAGGGCACCUAUGGCGUCGUUUACAAGGCAAGAGAGAUUGCCACAGGCCAAAUGAUCGCUCUCAAGAAGAUUCGUCUGGAACAGGAAGAUGAAGGUGUUCCCUCAACCGCCAUCCGUGAGAUUUCCAUUCUAAAGGAGCUCACCCACCCAAACGUCGUUUUGUUCAAAGACGUCGUGCACGCCGAUAAGAAACUCUAUCUCGUCUUUGAGUACCUCGACCAGGACCUCAAGCGUUUUAUGGAUUCGGUCAGUGCUCUGCGCCCCGCUCUGGUCAAGUCCUACUUGUACCAGUUGAUCAACGGCAUUGCCUAUUGUCACUCCCGCCGCGUCUUGCAUCGUGAUCUCAAGCCACAAAAUCUACUCAUUGACCGCACCGGUAUGCUCAAACUCGCUGACUUUGGCCUAGCCAGGGCAUUCGGUAUCCCCGUUCGCCAUUACACACACGAAGUCGUAACGCUCUGGUACAGAGCCCCGGAAAUCCUGCUCGGCGCUAGGAAAUAUUCAACUCCUGUUGAUAUUUGGUCGAUCGGUUGCAUCUUUGCAGAAAUGGUUAUGAGAGCACCAUUGUUCCCAGGCGAUUCCGAGAUUGAUCAGUUGCACAAGAUCUUCUUUGCACUUGGAACCCCAACUGAAGAGAUGUGGGAGAACGUCAGCGAGCUGCCAGACUACUCUACCAGGUUUCCCAACUGGCACAAACGACACAUUGGAGAGACAGUUAAAAACCUCGAUAGUCAGGGGUUGGAUCUCCUUUCAAAAAUGCUUAUCUACGACCCCACCAAGAGAAUUAAUGCCGCUGGGGCACUGCAACAUCCAUACUUCAGCGACUUGAAUCAUGACACUUUCAAACCCUUGGAUGGGUCUUCUCUCUUUGACAAGCUUCCCGGAACCUAAUUUAAUGCUUUGUGGUUGGCCUUCACGAACCAGUUUAGUACGGUACUGCUUUACUGCACUGCUUCAAAUUGUACAAAAUGUACUCUCAAA